AUGGCGGACCAGCAGCAGCAGCCCUUUCCGCUGGGUGCUGUCAUCCAGGAUCAGGACAUGGGCACCCUCCCUGCUCCAGUGCCACAGCCAUCUAGUGCGAGCAGCGGGGCCAGAGGCCGGGCUGCCAUGGCAGACCUGGAGGAGGCGCUGGGGCUGGCGGCUGCUUAUUUUGGCGGCGAUGCUACGGCGCUGCAAUGGGCGGCGGCACCUGACAGCAACAGUCCUCCUGCCUCUCCUGUGGGCAUGCUGCCAGCGGAUGACCCUUAUGACCAGCAUCACCUGGCGCGUGACUUGAGUCUGCGGGGAAGCUGGCAUGAGGAACAGGACCCGCUACCACAGCUGUCUAGUGGCCAGGAGGAGGGGCCGCUGUUUGGGCUGGAUGCAGAGGAUGCUGGCCUGCUUGGAUCCAGCCUGAGCACUGGUUGGGAUGCCGCUCCUGCUGCCGCCCCUGGCGCCAGCCAGUGCGGCAUGUUAGCCGCCGAAGUGGCGCAGGGCAUGCUCGGGCUGCAGCUGGACGACAUUGAUGUAGAAUCGCAGGAUGUGCUGGCUCCAGGUGCUGGGCCGCUGUCCCUGGAAGCAGCGCUGGCUCAGGGUGGAGCUCUGGUGCCUGAAUUUGCGCCGCCGCCCAUCUUGUCCACGCCCACCGACCUCUUGGCAGCCGAGACAGAUCCAGUGGGCGCCCUGGAGGCAGCCAUUCAAGCUGACAAGCCCAAGUUCAAGCCCAGCCCGGAGUGGGUGAAAAUGAUGGAAGCAGUGAAGGACGAGCUGGAGGAUGUAGCGCAGCAAGGGAAGCCUGCGCUGUUGGAGAGGCCUGCGCUGCUGGAGACGCUUGCUGAGACGUUAGAGGCGGGUGGCCAUGGUGCAGCCAGCGCCUGGCAGGUUGACAUGGAGGCAGAUGUUCGAGACCUGGGCAUCAGCGGCGCUGGGCAUGAUGCCGCUUCUGACAUGCAAGCUAUGCCGGCGUUUGGGCUAUCGCCGCAGCAGGAGCAGCAGCCACGGGAUGAGGACAUGGUGGGCGGAAAGGAUCGCGCCGAUGCAGCUUGUGCAGAGGCAGCGCUGGGCUGCAUGCUGUGUUUGUUGCGCCGCUGCAGCUGCCAGUCUGGCGAGAGCCUGCUGGGCCUGCUGCGCCGGCUGGCCAACAUCCUGGAGCUGACGGCAGGCUUGGCAUCAGAGGAAAUUAGGCAUCAGGCGCUGCUUUGCGUUUAUGCAGUGGCGGAAGGCAUGGUACAGCGGCAGGCACCACUGGGGGUGCGUGAAGCACUAUUGGAGGAGCCGGCAGCACCACUACUAGGUUACCUGUUGUCACUAACGUUGCGGAUUGCUGAGACCGAGAUACAGAGUGGCAGUAGCGGCAGUGGCACCAUCCGUGAUACAGCAUUACAGGCCCUGCAGCAGCUGCUGACAGCAGUGGUCCACCCUGCGCAGCUGCAGAUUGCAACCGCUACGGAGGCGCACCAGGCAGCAGCAGAUGCGCUGGCCUUUUUUCUGCCCGGCAUCGCCGUGGGGCUGUGCAAGGUGUGCAGCCCCGCCUGGUUUGCCGCUAGCGUGGUGCACCACCCGCUUCGCUUGCACAAGCUGGUGUCGGCCUUUCUGGAGGCCUUUGCUUUCGAUGCCUCUGUGGCAGGCAUGCUUCUGUAUGCCGCAGCCGCACCCAGUGCCGACAGCACGCAAGUGGUCGCCUCCGCAGCCUCAGCUGCAGUUGGCAGCGUAUGUUGGUGUUGCGGAUUUGGCGGCAACUUGCGUCACCUGGUGGCUGCCAAUGCUGACUACGUGGUUGAUGGCUGCUGCGCGCAGCUGAGGCAGCUGGACGUGCACCCCCGCGCGCCCCAGCUGUUUCAGGCACUGCUGCAGCAGGCAGGAGCUGCGCCGCAGCUCUUGCCACUGCUUGCAGAGCCGGCUCGCAACGCUGUGCAAGGCCUGGGCAUCUUGGCGCGUCGCCAUCAGCAGCAGCAUGUGCUGGCCUUCCUUCAUGUGUUGCUAUCUGUGGCAAACGCGGCGGAGGCCGUGGCUCACCAGGCUUUGGAAGAGAUGCGGCAGGUGGCACAGCAGGUGGUGGCGGACGCCGUAUCUCCAUUGGCAGUGGCACAGUCCUUACAGGUUGCAGUACAGUCAUUUUGCGUGUGCAUCCACGCACUGCGGGGGCUCGCGGCAGUCACAGAAGCGGUGGAGCUUGAUACAAACAAGGAUUGGCGCAUCUCGGUAGUCGAGGCGGCACUGGAAUUCCUUAGUGAUUGCACGUGCCUCGCAGACGUAUUUGUCUCUAGCCAAAAUUGACCCUGACGCAGCAUGGUGUCAGCUCAGCACAGCUCUUGACUCCCGUCCAUCAACGGCGGCUGCAACUCACCCGGCAGAUGUACCUGUUGGGAUUCUGCUCAAAAGCAGUAGGCAACAGCUGACCUUCCCUGACAGACAACAGAUUGCGCUGCCACCAGCUGGGACUGUCACGCCCUUGGGGCUGAGAGAGUGCAAGACAGGCAAGCUGGAGGCGAUGAUUCGACAGGUGGAGCAACUGCAACCUAAGUGGCACACUUAUGUGAAUUUCUAACCAACCUUUUAGUCGGAAGGCAUCAUUGUAACACAUGUUACCAAC